GCCGAGGGCAUGCCGGGAUAAAAACUUAGCCGUGCGGACUCGAAGACUUUUGGGAAGAGUAGGAGGAAGGGGAAUCGGUAGUGACAGAGUAGUGAUACGACAGCGAGCAUGACCGACGCCGAGGCGCAGAGCGCUCCACCAUCGGCACCGGUGGAAGACAACGCGCAGCCGGAGAGGAAAGUCAUAGCCACCUUGGUCCAAGGCACAGUGAAAUGGUUUAACGUGCGUAAUGGAUAUGGCUUCAUCAACAGGAAUGACACCAAAGAAGACGUAUUUGUUCAUCAGACUGCUAUUAAAAAGAACAACCCUAGGAAAUUCCUCCGCAGUGUUGGGGAUGGGGAGAUUGUGGAGUUCGACGUGAUCGAAGCAGCCAAGGGCUCGGAAGCCGCCAACGUGACCGGGCCCGGCGGUGUCCCGGUCAAGGGCAGCCGCUACGCGCCCAACAAGCGCCGCUUCCGCCAGCGCUUCUUCCCUCGCAGCCCUCGGCCCGGCGACCAGGGCAGACCCGGCGACGCCCCCGCCGGCGACGGCGAGGCCGCGGGGGACGACGACCGGGCGAGGCCGCCGCCGCUGCGCCGGCGCCGGCCUCGCCGGCCGCGGCAGGACCAGCAAGACGGGGAGGCGGACGACCCAAAGGACGGAGACGUGGGGGACGACCAGACGCCGCGGCGCCGCUUCUGGCGUCCAUAUCGAAGACCGUUCCGCCCCCGCCCGCCUCCUGACCAGUCUGCAGCAGAGCCACAGGGUGACGGGAAGCAGGCGGAGGCCUCUGAAGGGCCCCAGACCAAGGCAGAAGCAGCUCAGGGAGACGGCCAGAGGCAGCAGCGCCCGAGGCGCCGCCGCCAGGGAGCCUCCGAGUCCUCCGUCUCAAAAAAUGAUACGGAGAAAUCUGCACCAGAACCUGGAACCCCACUUCAGACCUCAAAGCCAGCGGAGCAGAAACCCACAAAGUCCCCCAAAUCCUCCCCUAAAACGUCUCCCAAGUCGUCCAAAUCGCCCGAGGCAGCUGCCGCGACAGACCCAGCGCCAGCAGAGUGACUGACGGUCGCGUGACCCUUGGCAAGAGGUCCUAGAGUUGAAGGACUGAACCUACUUCAGAGCACAUGCACUGCUUUCCCCUCCCUGCAAUCCCCCAUCCUCCGACUCACCUCAUGCUGCCGUCAUCCCUCGGCCCCCCGUCCUCUCUCCUCCUCAUUGUUUUGUGUUCUUAGUGACGCCACAUUUGGACCGGAGCGGGUCGGGAAGAAGCGGCAAACAAGUGGAUGGUGGGUGCAUAUUUGAAGAGAAAUUAAAAGUACAUCUUUAGAGAAAAAGAGAGAGAAUGGACAAUGUGCUUGGUCGCCCAGUUGUUUAAAAACAAACGGUUCUUUAGAUUUAAUUGAGUAGAUGGGGCUCAUCAAGUAGUUUAGAGGAUGCAACCUUGAAUUAUUUUCAUUUUAACAUUUUUAAUUUGGUUGAGAGGGGAAAAAACAAGCAGGUGUGAGGCUGGUGGUGCAUUGGGAGUAAGUUAAGUUCUGUUUCCACCUUAGUCUUAAAACGGGCAACUCUGUCUCCUAGGUUGAUAAAAUGAUGCAAAGAAGCUUUAUUUCCUUUGUUGUACAUGUGUGCUUUACUUUGGAGGGGAUUUUGUGCAAUGUUAAUACUUUAAAUGCUAAUUAAUAAAUCAUGUUUGCAAAUCUCA